AUGGCAGCAUCAUCACUGGUAGCAAGUAUGGAUGGUGGUGGUGGUUUAAAUGCUAGUGGAACAGGUGGUGUCGAAAUUGCUAAAGCUUUAUCUAGUAUGCAAAUACGUAAUGAACAAUUUCGUCACUUAUAUGAAGAACUUAAAAAAGAAUAUUCAACAUUAUCUGAUGCAUAUGCUGAUUGUCAACGAACAUUAGAAAAAUCUACUGAAGACAAUCGUCAAAUGCAAGAAAAAUUUAAAAAUUUACUUGACAAAUUACAAAUGGACAAUCGAAAAAAACAAACACAAAUUGAAGAAAUGAAAACACAGUUACUUGACAAUAGUAAAAUCGAUCAAAUUCGUGAUCGUUUAUCUUCGGAAGUCGAAGGUCCAUACAAAUCAGCAUUAUCACAAUUAGGUAAUCAAUUAGAACAAACUAAAGCUGAAUUAACAAAAGUUCGUUUUGAAUUAAAUGCUCGAAUAAAAGAACAUUCUUCUGAAUUAUCUCAAAGAGAUCAAAUAGCAAGUGAAAUUCAAUUAAAAACUGAAAAAGAAUUAGGAGCAUUAAGAAAAGAACGUGAUCUUCUUCAACAACAUAUUCGUCAAGAACAUCAAAAAGAUACAAAUAUUGAACAAAAUCGUUCAAGAGAGAUAACACAAUUGAAAGCAAAAAUUGAACAAUUUGUUCAAGAAUUAAAUGAAGCGAGAGAAGUUAAACUUCAUGCCGAACAAAUAGCUGCAACAACACAAAGAGAAUUAUUAAAAGAACGUUCUUUAUCAAAAACAAAUUCUUCUCUUAUUGAAAAUGAACGUGAUUCAUUAAAACAACAAUUAGCAACAACACAUCAAGAAUUAACAUCUCUUAGUGAACAAUUAACAACAGCUAAUAGACAAUUACAUGAAAGAGAUCUUCGAAUUGCACAAAUUAAUUCGGAAUAUGAAAAUAUUCAACAUCGAUUUAAAGUAGAAGUUGCCAAUCAUAAAAUUGAUUUAGCUAAAGUACAAAGAGAACAGUUAGAACAACAAGAACAGUUAAAACUACAUAUUCAAGAAAGAGAACAUAAUUUACUCACAAGUGUUCAAGCAGCAAGAGAAGAUGAAUGGAAAAAAAUUAGUGAAAUCACUAAUGAAAAACUUAAUUUAGAAGCUGAUUUAAAUAUCUUUAAAAAAUCCAAUGAUGAACGACAAAAACAAUUUGAUAUUGAACGUGAUCGUUUAUAUGAACAAAUGAGAAGUUUAGAAAAAAAUCGUGAUGAAUUAACAAAGGAAAAUACAUAUUUAAAUACAACGAUUAAACAAAUGAAUGAUUGUCAAAAUGAAUUUGAACGUGAACAAGAAAAAUCUCGAGAACUUUAUAGAAAAUGUGUUAAACUUGAAACUCAACUUUCUUCAACUAAUGGAAUCGAACAAGAACUAACGGAAAUAAAUUUGAAAUUAAAAAAUGAAUUGAAUCAAUUAAUGAAUGAAUGUCAUUCGAAUAAACAAGAAGUUCAACAAAUGAAUAAUCAAUGUACAACAACAAUUGAAAAUGCUCGUCGAGCAUUUUUUAAUGAAAGAAAAGAAAUGGAAAUGAAAAUUGAACAAUUAGUUGAACAAUUAAAAAAAUAUAAAACAAAAAUGAUUGAAUUACAAAGAGAAAAAAAAGAAUAUCGAUUAAGAUAUCAAAAUUUUUCACAAAAAUUAAUUGAAAAAAGUCAAUUAAUUGAAGCAAAACUUAAUGAAAUUAAACAAAAAGAAUUAAGUUUACAAAAUGUUGUUAGUCUUCAAACACAUAAUCGUGUAAAACGUCAAUUAUCUCAAUUAUUAAAAAAACAUACACAAUUUCAAACACUUCUCGAUGCAAAUAAUAUAAAUCAAUCAUCAGUACAAUUAGAUGAAAAAUAUGAUCUUAAUUCAAUGUUAACUCGUCUCGAUCGUUUAUCACAUGAACAAAAUUAUCAAUUAAAUGAUUUUAUUCCAACGAAAGAAAGUUCAUUAGCUCUUUCAAAUCACUUUGAAUCAAAUUUAACUCAAAGUGGAAUAUCAUCUUCUUCACCAGAUAAACGAAAGAUAAUUCGAUUUGAAGAAGAAAAUGAUUAA